UUCCCACCUUGAUACAGAUCACCAGUGAUAUAUCUAUAUAUUUUCUUCCAUUUAAACAAAACCUUUCAAGUCUCUCUCUCUAACUCUGUAUCUAUCUAUCGACUGUAUAUGUAUUGAACUAUUGAAGAACAUAUUCAAGCGUCGCUUAAACAAGUAAUGGGUUCAAGUAAUGUCAUUCAAGCUCUCAUACUUGGGCUUCUUAUCGGGUGUUGCUCUUUCAUUCAAUGUACAUCAACUUUGUCGGAUACACAAGCAACUCUUCUUGUAAAUGCUUCUCAAGAAUCCACUAGGAAGAUGCCGGAAAAUCUGUUUGGUGUUUCCUUUGAGGAGAUCAACAAUGCUGGUGCAGGCGGGUUGUGGGCAGAGUUAGUAAGCAACAGAGGUUUUGAAUAUGGUGGACAACAUUCUCCUUCUCUUAUUGAGCCGUGGUCAAUAAUUGGAGAUUUUUCAUUGGUGAGAGUAGUAACAGACCUUUCUUCAUGCUUCAAGAGGAAUCCUGUGGCACUUCGGAUGGAAGUGCUUUGUGACACCGAUGGGGUUAAUGCUUGUCCAGUUGGAGGUGUUGGUGUAUAUAAUCCUGGAUACUGGGGAAUGAAUAUUCAACGCGGGAAAACUUACAAGUUAGUUUUGUAUAUUCGUUCAUCAGAUUCAAUAAAUGUCGCAGUUUCAUUGACUGACUCUAAGGGAGUGCAAACACUUGCUGCUACAAAUAUUAUAGAUACUGAUGUUUCAAACUGGAAAAAGAUGGAAAUUUUGUUGGAAGCAAAUGCAACGAACCAUAAUUCAAGAUUACAGUUCAAAACAAACAGAAAAGGAGUCAUAUGGUUUGAUCAAGUUUCUCUGAUGCCCAUGGAUACAUACAAGGGUCAUGGUUACCGAAAUGAUCUUUUUAAGAUGGUUGCGGAUAUGAAGCCAGGAUUUAUCAGGUUUCCAGGUGGCAGUUUUGCUGAAGGAAAAGCACUAAUAAAUGCGUAUUGGUGGAAGGAUACUGUUGGACCUUGGGAAGAGAGACCAGGACAUGUUAAUGAUAUGUGGUCAUAUUGGACUGAUGAUGGACUUGGGUACUUUGAAUUUCUUCAGCUGGCAGAAGACUUAGGUGCAUCACCAAUAUGGGUAUUCAACAGUGGGUUCAGCCAACAAGAGGCGAUCAAUCCGUCCAACAUCAAACUUUUGGUGCAGGAUGCUCUUGAUGGUAUUGAAUUUGCUAGAGGUGAUCCCAAUUCUACAUGGGGGUCUGUUCGAGCUGAUAUGGGGCACACGGAACCAUUUAACUUGAAACAUGUUGCUAUUGGAAACCAAGAUUGUGGGAGGAGCAAUUACCGUGCAAACUAUCUUCAGUUCUAUACUGCUAUAAAAGAAGCUUAUCCAGACAUUAAUUUGAUCACUAACUGUGAUGGAUCAAAUACAAGAUUGGAUCAUCCAGCAGAGCUGUAUGAUUAUCAUGUUUAUGUUGGCGCAAACACAAUGUAUUCUAUGGCUCAGACAUUUGAUCAUACACCACGUGUUGGUCCAAAGGCUUUUGUAAGUGAAUAUGCUGUGACGCAAGGCGAUGCUCAUUCAGGAAAUCUUUUAGCAGCAUUAGCAGAAGCUGGAUUUCUUAUCGGCAUAGAGAAAAACAGUGAUGUUGUGGAUAUGGCAAGCAAUGCACCUUUGUUUCUGAAUGCCAAUACUCCCUCAAACAAGGGGUUUAGGCCAGACGCCAUAGUCUUUGAUUCUUAUCGGACUUAUGGGACACCAAGCUAUUGGAUGCAACAAUUUUUCUCGAUGUCAAAUGGUGCAACUCUUCUUGAUUCAACCCUCCAAACUAAUUCAUCAAAUUCACUUAUGGCAUCAGCUAUCUGGUUCCAGAACCCGGUAGAUAAGAAUAACUAUUUGAGAGUAAAGGUAGUAAACUACGGAAGUAACAAAGUGAAUUUGAAGAUAACUUUCGAAGGGUCGGAUUCUCACCUAAUAGAUUAUUCUAAGUCAUCUAAAACUGUACUUUCUUCCACUAAUGUUAUGGAUGAGAAUUCCUUCCAAACUCCUACCAAGGUUUCGCCGGUUAAAAGCUUACUCAAGAAAAAUAAGAAUGACAUUAAUGUCAUACUCCCUCCAUAUUCUUUGUCUUCUUACGAUUUGCUAAUAGUGUCAAAAAGUAUUGCAAUGAUUAAUGCAGAGAAUGAUAUGUAUGAUGUAUAAUUGAUUGAAAAGGGUAUACAAUUCACAUAAUGAAAUGUAUUAUGAAAAGCAUAAAA